CAACGCUUAAGAUUCUAAACAUCUUAAACACGGAUAUGAGAAAGGAUUUCUUUGAAGUUGGACGCCGUAUCAUGGAAGAGACACUAAAUAAUCGUUCUAAAACUUUAACAUUGAAUUGCUACGACGCACACUACGAGGAGUUGAUCCUUCAGCACUUUAAGCAUCCACAGUUGAAGGUAACUUUUGAGUCUUUCAAACUAUAUGACGACGACGAUAUAUGUUUCUUAGAAAUUCAUUUUCAGCCUUUGCAAUCAUCCAAUCAUCCUAAUGUCACUACAUGAUAUUUUUUUUUCCCAAUAUGUUGGGUAAUUUGAUUUCGGAUAAUAAAUAAAUGUAUGAUGCCUUAUUAUAUAUAAGUAUAAAUUUUGUCAUAUAUGUAUUAAUAAAUAAAUAUAUAAUAAUAAAUUUAAGUAUACAUACAUACAUAUUAAGAGAACAAAAGUAUGAACAUACCUCCAAAUAUAACAAAAUAAAUUGGAAAAUUUAUUUUUUGGUUUGUUUAAUUAUAUUCAUACUACAUAUACAACAUUAACUAUAGAAUCUUAUUAAAUAAAAUAAAUUUCAGUGAUUUAAUAAGUACUUGUGACAUUUGUUACAAUCAUUUGAAAUUAAAUAAAACUAAACCAACAAAUCGAACUGAUAAGAAAGUGUCAAUAAAAUCAGUAUUAAACUAAACAGUAGAUUUUAAAAUGAACUAUUUCAUAACCCAGAGAAUACCGAAAUGGCCACACUGGUCGGAUUAUCAACAAUGGACCAGGGCUGCUAAACACUAUCAUUCAUAUGAUUGGCACUGUAUUGGUAAAGCCUAUUUAUUUCGAUAACUGAUAAUAACUUUGUGUGAUCAAACAUAACAAUUGUAUACAAAAAAAUAAAGUAAAUUAAUUACGGAAUGAAUUUGGACGUACUCAACAAUGAUUGUUGGUUGGCGAUAAUCAAGUACUUGGAUCUUACGGACCAAUUUGCGCUAUAUGACGCCAUCCAAGGCGUUUCAUAUUGCUUGCACUCAAGUAUGGUCUAUGUCUGGCGACAUCAAAUUUCCUGCAAACUAACUGAAGUAAACUUUAAACAGUUUAAAGAGUCGCCUGAGAUGUUGGAUAUUUUCUUAGCCAGCAUUAGUCCAAAAGUGCAAAAAUUACAUCUGAAGUUUGUCACAAUGGAUUUUUUUAAGCGCUGGCAAAAUUUGACAUUUCCCAGCAUGAAAAUUUUGGAGUAUUCAUUCAAUUGCGGCAAUUUGCUUUAUGGUGACUAUGAAGAAGCAAUUGAUAUAAUGACAAAGAUCUUUUGCCCCAAAGAGAUCGCCAAGUAUCAGCGACUGGAAGAGCUGACAUUUAUAUAUGAUGAUAUAUUAGCAAUGAAGUUGCGUCAGCUGGCGAACUAUAAUACAAAUAAACGCCAUGAUAUCUUAGUGGAGCUACUAAAGAACCGUAGCAAGGACAUUCGGAGGAUUAUGUUUAAAGAAAGCAUCAGCCAAUAUAACAUGUGCACAUUGAAAAAACCGACCAACUUGGGCCAAUUGACUUUGGUUGAAUAUUGUGGGAUCAAUGAUGAAAAACUGCUAAAGCUGAUUGCGAAUUUAAAGUACUUAGAGCAACUGGAUUUCAUCGACUAUAAUAUGAAGAUUAGUGAGGUGUUGCUGUGGCAAAUUGUUGUAACUUGUCCAUCACUAAAGAUUCUGACUUUAUCGAGCGUGCUGAUGAAUUUUGAAUAUGGCUAUAUUUACAUGGAGGACGCACUGGACAAUCGCUCUCUGCCCUUAACGCUGUAUUGGGACAACACGGAUGCAAAUGAAGAGCUGAUUCGUCAUCACUUCAACCAUCCAAAACUAAAGCACUAUUUUUCCCAGUUAAAAUCGGAUUUAUUCAGUUGCAAUAUGAUACAAAUUGAUUUAAGAACUUGCAGUCCUAGUAAAGUAAUUCAUAAUGUCUAAGUUUUUUAGUCACUAAACCUAAGGCAAUAUGUUAGCAAAAAUCAUUUAAUUAGAUAUAAAAUAUUGGUAUUUCACAUUCACACACUAUCAAUAUUGAACCAGGGCUGCCAAUCUGUAUGAUUCAUAUUAUGGCACGUUACAAGUUAUCGUUAUCGAUAGCUAGUAAUAUUUGUUUUAUCAGACGUUCCAUUUAGAUGUUAACGAAUUUGUUGAUUAAUUAAAUACGCAAUGAAUUUGGACGCACUAAACGAAGAAAAGCCAGAAAUGUUGGACAUAUUUCUGCCCAGCACUAGUGCAACAAUGCAGGAAUUGAAACUAUAAUGGGUUAAAGAGCUGUUCCUCAAACGCAGGCAGAAUUUCACAUUUCUGAACAUGAAAGCACUGGAAUGCACAUUAAAGAGCUGCGAUUGGAAUUAUGGUGCUGAUGAAGCAAUAGAAAUAAUGAUAAAGCUCUUUUCUGGACUCCGUUGUGUGAAGACUCAUGAUGGGCUCCGUUAUGAUCGGCUGCAGAAAUGAUUGC